AUGACCUCGGAGUCUUCCUAUCACUUGUGUAGUCUCCAUCAGUGGCUGACCGUGGCCGAGACAGAGCAUUUGUCUGCAAUCUUCAACUCCAGCUUAUUAAUUAAUCAAAGACCCAGACAAAGUUUUCAUUCUUUUGAAAGCCUGACUCUUAGUCUUGUCCAUCCUAAUUGGGAAAAUCAAAAACCUGUUUUAUUUGUUAUUAUCUAUCAUCCACCUGGUCCUUACUCAGAGUUUCUGUCUGAUUUCUCAGACUUUUUAUCUGAUUUAGUGCUCAGUUCAGAUAAAAUAAUUAUAGUGGGUGAUUUUAACAUCCAUGUAGAUGCUGAGAAUGACAGCCUCAACACUGCAUUUAAUCUAUUGUUAGAUUCAAUUGGCUUCUCUCAAAAUGUAGAGGAGCCCACCCACCACUUUAAUCAUACUCUGGAUCUUGUCCUAACAUAUGGCAUAGAAACUGAAGACUUAACAGUAUUCCCUGAAAGCCCCCUCCUCUCUGAUCAUUUCUUAGUAACAUUUACAUUUACUUUAAUGGAUUACACAGCAGUGGGGAAUAAGUUUAAUUACAGUAGAAGUCUUUCUGAAAGUGCUGUAACUAAGUUUAAGGAUCUAAUUCCUUCAUUGUUAUGCUCUUGUGCCAACACAGUGCAGAGCAGCUACCUAAACUCUGCUCCCAGUGAGGUCGAUUAUCUCAUCAAUAGUUUUACAUCCUCACUGCGUAUAACUUUGGAUACUGUGGCUCCUCUGAAAAGGAAAGCUUCAAAUCAGAAGUGCCUGACUCCGUGGUAUAAUUCACAACACUUAAAGCAGAUAACCUGUAAGCUGGAGAGGGAAUGGCGUCUCACUAAAUUAGAAGAUGCUCAUUUAGCCUGGAAAAAGAGUUUGUUGCUCUAUAAAAAAGCCCUCCGUAAAGCUAGGACAUCUUACUAUUCAUCAUUAAUUGAAGAAGAUAAGAACGCAACAUGUUUGUUAGAUCCCAUUCCUACUAGACUGUUCAAAGAAGUCUUUCCAAUUAUUGAUGCUUCAAUCUUAAAAAUGAUCAAUCUGUCUUUAUUAGUUGGCUAUGUACCACAGACCUUCAAGGUGGCUGUAAUUAAACCUCUACUUAAAAAGCCAUGUGACCCAGCUGUCUUAGCUAAUUAUAGGCCAAUCUCCAACCACUCAGCCUCUGACAGUGGACUCAUCUCUGUUCUUGUCCUGUUGGACCUCAGUGGCUUUGAUACUGUUGACCAUAACAUUUUAUUACAGAGAUUAGAGCAUACUAUAGGUAUUAAAGGUACUGCACUGCAGUGGUUUGAAUCAUAUUUAUCUAAUAGACUCCAAUUUGUUCAUGUAAAUGGGGAGUCUUCGUCACACAUUAAGGUUAAUUAUGGAGUUCCACAGGGUUCUGUGCUAGGACCAAUUCUAUUUACAUUAUACAUGCUUCCCUUAGGCAGUAUUAUUAGAAAGCAUUGCAUCAAUUUUCAUUGUUAUGCAGAUGAUACUCAGCUUUACCUAUCAAUGAAGCCAGAUGACACACAUCAAUUAGUUAAACUGCAGGAAUGUCUUAAAGACAUUAAGGCCUGGAUGACCUCUAAUUUCCUGCUUCUAAAUUCAGAUCAAACUGAAGUUCUUGUUCUCGGCCCCACAAAUCUUAGAAACAUGGUGUCUAACCAGAUACUUACUCUGGAUGGCAUUACUUUGGCCUCCAGUAACACUGUGAGAAAUCUUGGAGUCAUUUUUGACCAGGAUAUGUCCUUCAAUGCACAUAUUAAACAAAUAUGCAGGACCGCUUUUUUGCAUUUGUGCAAUAUCUCUAAAAUUAGAAACAUCCUUUCUCAGAGUGAUGCUGUAAAGCUAAUUCAUGCAUUUAUUACUUCUAGGCUGGACUAUUGUAAUUCAUUAUUAUCAGGCUGUCCUAAAAGCUCCCUGAAAAGCCUUCAGCUGAUCCAAAAUGCUGCAGCUAGAGUACUGACAGGGACUAGAAUGAGAGAGCAGAUUUCUCCCAUAUUGACUUCUCUUCAUUGGCUCCCUGUUAAAUCUAGAAUAGAAUUUAAAAUCCUUCUCCUCACCUACAAGGUCUUGAAUAAUCAGGCCCCAUCUUAUCUCAAAGACCUCAUAGUACCAUAUCACCCCAACAGAGCACUUCGUUCUCAGACUGCUGGCUUACUUGUGGUUCCUAGGAUACUUAAGAGUAGAAUGGGAGGCAGAGCCUUCAGCUUUCAGGCCCCUCUUCUGUGGAACCAGCUUCCAGCUUGGAUUCGGGAGACAGACACCAUCUCUAUUUUUAAGAUUAGGCUUAAAACUUUCCUUUAUGAUAAAGCUUAUAGUUAG